GCCAAUCUCCUACUACCGAAUGAUGAGACUCUAGCAACCUAAUCAGAUUCUAUCUAUCUCAGAUUGCAGCAGGAAUCAGGAAAAGUUGAUCAGACUUCAAUUGACUCAAUAAACAUGCAUCAUUCGAUUAUAAUCAAGCAAUAAAGCAUCCAAAACUUCAUACAAGAAAGAUCCUAACUCAUGGAACUAGGGUUCCUCAAAACCUAAGUGAAAGGAAGUUACUCCAUAGAGAAGAGAGAGACUGCAGAAAUCUGAUCUAGAUCUUCAAUCUCCAUCUCCAAGCUUGAUUUCCCGAGCUCCAAUGGCGAAGAAAUCCUCCAAAAUAGCUCCAAGAAUGUUCCCAAGUCGCUCUCUCUCUCUAGGGUUCGUCCCUUGGGUGUUUGGGAUCCAAAACCCAGCUCUCUUCUUCUUUGGUUCGGAAUUUGGCUUAAAACCAGGAAAUCCCGACUCGCACGGCCAGGGUGCAUGGCCGUGCAUAUCACCAUUCUGGCCGUGCAACUCAAAACGCGGCGUGUCAUUUAGUCGAACUUCAGCCCUCUCGCACGGCCAGGGUGCACGGUCGUGCGAGCUUCAGGGGUUGCCCGUGCGUGUCCUCGGCAUAAGGCGCACGGCCAUAUUGCUCACGUGCACGGCCGUGCAGCCUCCCUGGUCUGCCCGUGCAGCUCCCCAAAAACCUCGCCAUUCGUCCGUUCUUCGUCCAAUCGACCCCAGACUCGCUCCUAAGCCUUCAUUCACGUACUAGGACCUGAAACAUCACAAACAAGCACAACCUAGCGUGAAAUCGGUCUAAACCACGAGAAAUCACAUCUCAAACGGUGUAAGAACAGGGGUAAAAACAUGUGUAAUUAACGGUCUAUCACUCGGUGAUUUCCACACGGCCACAUGGCCAGGUCACACGGCCGUGUGGGUUGUGCCCGUGUGGCUUGCUCAGCCUAUGUUUAAUGCUUCGUUUCUCCCUCGUCCGGACACCGAAUCAGUCGUCGUUUGAUCCCAGACGCUCGUAGUCUCGUCCUAUUUCUUUUCAUGACAAGCUUGCAUGAUUCUUUGUCCAUAAAGUGAGGUAGAAAUC